UGAAGAAGAUCAUCAUACACAAUGAGAUGGGGAAGAAACGAUUGAAACAUGUUUCCAUUGCUGUGAUUAAAGAAGUGAUCAGGUGUUUCACAUGGCGCAAAAUUGACUUGACAAAGUUGUUUCUUGCCGGAGCAGUAAUGUCAAUAGCUGGUAUACUACUUCCAACCUUUUUACUUGCUUAUCGCAGUAACAUCCGCUUCGGUCGUUCUCCUAUCGAUAACUUAUCACACCGAUCGUUGAAUGGUUUCAUGCAUUCGAGAAAAAACUCUACUCAACUUGUCCCAAGUGCUCCAUUUGAUUCACUGAACUCAUCUAUUAAAGCUAAAGAAAGACCUAGACGCGUUCGUAGGAGGCAGAAUGUUGAUACGCUAAAGGUUGUACCCCCUCCUCCUCGUACACCUGUAUCCCGUAGCUUACAGAGAUAUCUUAGGUCAUUGUCAUCUCAUGAGGCUCUUCUGUAUGCUAAAAGAGAAAUCGAGCAUGCACCAUUAGUCGAUAACAAUGGCAAUGGUUCUUAUCUCUAUGCUCCGUUAUUUCGAAACGUUUCGAUUUUCCAAAGGAGCUAUGAAUUGAUGGAAAUGAUACUUAAAGUUUACAUUUACCCUGAUGGAAAGAAGCCCAUUUUUCACCAUCCCCAUUUAGUAGGCAUCUACGCUUCUGAAGGAUGGUUUAUGAGGUUAAUGGAGGCAAACAGGGAAUUUGUUACAAAAGACCCAGAAAAGGCUCAUCUGUUUUAUCUUCCAUAUAGUUCACGCAAGCUAGGGCUGGCACUUUAUAAGCCCAACUCGCACAAUCUAAAGCCACUUACAAUCUUCCUAAGGGACUAUGUCAACAUGAUAGCCUCAAACUAUCCCUUUUGGAACCGUACACAUGGAUCAGAUCAUUUUCUUGUUGCUUGCCAUGAUUGGGGUCCUUACAUAACUACAGGGCAUAUGGAGCUAAGAGAUAACACCAUAAAAGCUCUAUGCAAUGCUGACCUGAAAGAGAAUUUCAUUGCUGGAAGGGAUGUGUCUUUACCGGAAACUGCCAUAAGAAAUGUGCGUAGACCUCUUAGAAACAUAGGUGGCGGGAUCCGGGUUUCGCAACGUCCAAUCCUUGCUUUCUUUGCUGGAAGGAUGCAUGGAAGGGUCCGUCCUAGACUUGUCAAGCAUUGGCGAAACAAGGAUGAAGACAUGAAAAUCUACGGUCCUUUGCCGGUUCGAGUUGCUAGAAACAUGAGUUAUAUACGGCAUAUGAAAUCGAGUAAAUAUUGCAUAUGCCCUAUGGGAUAUGAAGUGAACAGCCCAAGGAUCAUAGAGGCUAUAUAUUACGAGUGUGUGCCGGUGAUUAUUGCAGAUAACUUUGUCCUACCUUUGAGUGAAGUCCUAGAGUGGAAUGCAUUUUCUGUGACAGUGGCUGAAAUCGAUAUUCCGAGACUAAAGGAGAUUCUAUUGGCUAUUCCAUUGAAAAGGUACCUCAAAAUGUUAAUGAAUGUGAAGAUGGUGCAGAAGCAUUUUCUUUGGAAUCCCAGUCCUAUGAGAUAUGAUAUGUUCCACAUGAUACUCCAUUCCAUAUGGUACAACAGGCUAAACCAGAUCCAAAUUUCUCAGUCCUAGCUGGCAUUGAUAAAUGGGAACACUUUCU